AUGAAGAUAUCACUAAGUGAAGCGCAGCAGCUUGCUCACGACGUCCUAGUCAGAACGGGAUUUAGCCCAGACAACGCGAGCACUAUCGCGACGCAUCUCAUUGACAGUCAGCUUCGGGGGUAUCACUCCGCCGGGUUGGCACGACUGCUUGCCAUUCGAGACCGCCUCGGUGGAAAGGCCCCUGUCGAUAACAUUGAGAUCACCAACGAAACCCCAGUCUUGGCCCAUCUCGAUGGCCAUGACACGUUUGGGUAUUUGGUGGGAGAAAAGGCUACGGAAAUGGCGAUUGAAAAAGCCAAACUGCUCGGAAUUGCCAUUAUUGGAGCCAGCAAUACCUGGACCACGGGCAUGUUAGCUUACUACGCUGAGAAGGCAGCCAAGGAGAACCUGGUCACUAUCAUCUCGUCCAAUUCAACACCAUGGGUCGCUGUACAAGGAGGAUACAAGGCCAUCAACGGAACCAACCCUCUUUGCAUCGGAUUCCCUUCAAGUGAUGUCCCAAUCAUCCUUGAUAUCGCAACCUCCCAGAUCCUGCACGCCGACAUUGUUCUUGCCCAACGCCUAGGCACUGAACUGCCCCCAAACUCGGCGUUUAACGCGCAAGGCGAGCCAACAACUAACCCCUGGGAAGUAUUCGAGGGCGCAAUAGCUCCAUGGGGAGGCUACAAGGGAUCUGGCCUCGCUUCUAUAGUCCAGCUAUUUGGCAUUCUGGCCGGCUCACCUGCUUUCCCACCAAUGUUAAAGCAGUUUGGUUUCACUAUUAUUGCAGUGGACCCAAGCAAGUUUAGACCCUUGGAAGACUAUAAGAUUCAAGUGGACGCUUAUCGCCAAGGCAUCAAAGAAACUCCAGCAGCUGCUGGGCAGCCGUCGCCUAGAUUGCCAUUUGAAAAAUCCGCUAGAUUGAGAAAUGAGGCAGUAGAAGUAGGGGAGGUUGAGGUUGAUGAGAGAAUAUAUCAUGCUCUUUUAGGUAUUCUUGUAAAAUAG